UAGCUGCACAGCAUAAGUUACCAGAAAGACUGAUCUAGAAUCUGAUCGCGGUCUGUGAAAAAAAUAACAAAGUCUCUCAUCUCAGGCUUAACAAACAGAGUUUUCACUAAUCCUGAUUUCUGAAACAGGAGGUGAGAUGAAUUUGGAGGAGUACUUCAAAAGAAUUGGUUUCCAUGGCUCAUAUGAUAAACUGGAUCUUGCAACACUGAAGUUGAUCCACAAACAGCACGUCAUGUCAGUUCCAUUUGAAAACCUCAGCAUUCACUGUGGUGAGAGGAUCACCAUGGACCUUGAGGUCAUUUUCAACAAGAUAGUGAGGAGCAGCCGUGGGGGUUGGUGCCUUGAGAACAACUUCCUGUUUGGAUGGGUGCUGAGAAAAAUGGGCUAUGACACUACGAUGUUGAGCUCCCGAGUUUUCAACAGUAUCCUCAAUGACUUUAGUCCCCUCGACUCUCAUCUCAUCAACAAGGUUGUCAUUGAUGGAAAGGCUUAUGUAGCGGAUGUAAGCUUUGGGGUGUCUUCCCAAGUGCGGGAGCCCCUGGAGCUUGUCUCUGGAAAGGACCAACCUCAGGCAGGAGGUGUCUUUCAUCUCAUAGACAAGGAGGACAUCUGGGUUCUGGAGAAGACUUGUAGGAAGCCAGAGGUCCUCAAUCCAGACUUUGCCAAAUCCAGUCUGGUGAACAGGAAAGAAACAAAGCAGAUCUACAGCUUCACCUUGGUGCCUCGUGAGGCCGAUCAUUUCUUUGAGAAUAACCACAAGCUCCAGACAGAUUCUUCUUCACUGUUCACUAAUAAGUCCAUUUGCUCUUUGCAAACCCCAACAGGAUUCAGAGCUCUUAUUGGCUGGACCUACAGUGAGGUCACCUACAAACCUGAGCAAGGUGUUGAUGUCUUAGACAUGAGGGACAUAACAGAUGAUGAGAUAGAGCGAAUUCUGAUGGAAAAGUUUAAUGUAAAGCUGCAGAACAAACUAAAGCCUGUAAGCAACAAAUCAUGGUACACUCUCUGAAAUCCUGCACUCAUCAUCUGACUUUUUCACCACCGUGUUUCACUGUGGUUUUGAUACACAGCUGUAUGAUUCUCUUUCCUGUUUGUCUCCUUACAAUCACCCUACAAGUGGUGGAAUUUAACUAUGUAAUCAUGUAAUGGACAAUUUUGAGUUACUUGUCAGGGUUCGACAUAAGAGAUGGCCCGAGGCCAGUAAAAAUGUAUGUCGGGCAAGUUGAUUGGCCAGUAUUAUUACAGUACCCAGUAUUACAGUAGUAUUUCUAUUUUCUGCUAUUUUAUACUUCUACUCCACUACAUUUAUUUAAUAAGUUUUGUUACUAUUUAGUUUGCAGAUUCAUAUCAUCAGUAUAAAAAUAAAAUCAACUACAAUAUUAUGAUGCAUUAUUAUAUAUUAUUAUCCAGUAAAAUAAUUUCACUUACACAAGAAUUUCUUUCUGAACACAAAUGUGAUGUUGUAAACAGGAAAAAUGUGAAUCCACAUUGCUGCAGCUUAGUACAAAACAGAUUACCUUUCUGGCUGUUUUGUGUGCAUGGCCCUUCGCUGAAGAAAUGCACCGCUGUCACAUUGGGAUAGGAAUCCUUGACCAGGUCGAGUAUUGGGGAUAGAUGGGUUCAUAUGGCUGCUGGGCUUUACUCUUUCGAUGAGCUGACUGUGCCAAAGCCAACAUGUUCUUCCACUCCACCAAUAUGUGGAACUCCCGUGUGGAGUGUUGACUGCUGGUGGUUCGAGGCAAAGUGUUCAGCUUGUAUUUCAGGGGAGUACUAGCAAGCAUAGUUUUCUGAGAAAUCUACUUGAAUUAGGCAUUGAUGAUUUUUCAUACUUCUCUUUAGUUCCCAGAGGUAAGCCAAUUGCUGUUUUAUGUGAAAGACUACAACUAUUGUCUGUUUUCUUGAAAGAGGGAUCCUAUCAGUUGUUUACGGAUGUGAUCCAAAUAUUUCUGAUUAUGCCUUUAAAUAAUAACAAAAUCAAAUAUUA